UUAACAAUGGGUAUAUGUUGCUUUAAGUGGUGAGAUUUUAUCAAUAAGCGUUUGUAGUCCAACGGUUAGGAUAAUUGCCUUCCAAGCAAUAGACCCGGGUUCGACUCCCGGCAAACGCAUUUUAUAUUAUUUUUAAGCUAAGUUAGCAACUGAUCCAAAUAGACCAUUCUUGUUCUAUCUGCUUUAGAUCCAAAUGAUUCGCCUAAUUGCUCAGCAAGGGAACACUCAACAGCUAAUCAUGAAAAAGGUGUAUGAGGAUGUCAGAGCUAGCUUGCUGUUUAUUUCAGGAUGCUGUCUAUAUGAUAUAGUGUGUAGUAUAUAGCUAUUUACUGUUUUUUGCCUUCCUACAAUAUUACCGUCCUUGUGAUACAUGAGAAGAUGUGCACCAUUUUGUUUGAGGAAAUUAUCGUAUAAUGAUCUAAGAGGAUUCGUUCCCGUGAAGGAGUGCCAUGAGCACUUUUGGGGUUCCUUUGGAGCUCAGGCCGUGCGUCUGUCAACUGAGUUCAAUGUUUUGGGAUGUGAAGAAGGAAGGCAUGUUGAUGUGUUUCAAAGAACCCAUCAUAGAGACCUCCUUAAGAGUAGUGAUGUUAAGACAAGCCAACAAGCACGUAAGCUUGUUGAACGAGGUUGCCUUCAACCUGACCCCCUGUUCUAUAACAGAUUGCUGAAGAAAUGUGUGGAGUUAGGUGACCUGAGAGAAGGCAGGAUUAUUCAUGCUCUUGUCCUUACUUCAGAGUUUAAGGAUGAUAUUUUUAUCCUUAAUAACAUUAUCAACAUGUAUGUUAAGUGUGGCAGUUUAGGGGAGGCUAGAAUAUGUUUUGAUGAGAUGCCAGCUAAGGAUACUUUUACCUGGACUACUAUGAUCGUUGCUUAUACACAAAAUGGUAGGCCCGAGGCAGGCCUUUCUAUGAUUCCCAAGAUGCUUCAUCUUGGCUUGAAACCAAACAAUUUUACAUUUUCUAUCCUCCUAAAGGCCUCUGGGGCAAUAUCUAGUGCUAAGCAUGGUAUGCAUAUACACACCCUUUGCAUCAAAUAUGGUUGUGAUUCAAAUGUCUAUGUUGGAACUUCUCUGGUGGAUAUGUAUGCAAGGUGCGGCCUUAUUGAUGAAGCACAAUCGAUAUUUGAUGGACUUGUGAGCAAAAAUGAGGUCUCUUGGAAUGCCCUAAUUGCUGGCCAUGCUAGAAAGGACAGAGGAGAAGAAGCUCUUAAGUUGUUCCAAAGUAUGAAAAGGGAAGAUUUUGAUCCUAGUGAUUUCACAUAUUCCACUGUACUCAAUGCAUGUGCCAGCGCUGGGAUUUUGGAGCAAGGUAAGUGGAUACAUGCUCAUGUGAUAAAGUGUGGGGUGAAGCUUACUGAUUUUGUUGGGCACACUCUUCUUCAUAUGUAUGCAAAGUGUGGGAGCAUUGAAGAUGCAGAAAAGGUCUUCGCUAGAUUGGUGGAGCGAGAUGUUGUUUCAUGGAACUCAAUCCUAACCGGAUAUGCCCAACAUGGUCUGGGGCACAAGUCAUUGGAGCAAUUUGACAUCAUGCUAAAGACUGGAAUGCAACCAAAUGCAAUAACAUUUCUUUGCUUGCUCACUUCUUGUAGCCAUGCUGGGUUUGUGGAACAAGGACAGUAUUACUUUGAAAUGAUGAAAACAUAUGGUUUAGAGCCGAAAAUUGAGCAUUAUGUUACAAUUGUUGAUUUACUAGGUCGGGCAGGCAAACUUGAUCAGGCGCUGAAAUUUAUUAGGGAUAUGCCUGUUAAACCUGUUGCAGAGAUAUGGAAAUGUCUUCUGGGGGCAUGUAGGAUGCAUAGGAACAUGGAGCUUGGUGUUUAUGCAGCUGAACAAACUUUUGAUCUUGACCCUUAUGAUUCAGGCCCUUAUGUGAUACUUGCCAAUAUGUAUGCUUUGGCUGGUAGACGAAAUGAUGUUGCUAAGGUGAGAAAAAUGAUGAAGGAUAGUAGGGUAAGGAAGGAACCUGCUUGUAGCUGGGUGGAGAUUGAGAAUGCAGUCCAUGUGUUUGUUGCUGAUGAUGAUACUCAUCCUCAGAGCAAAGAGAUUUAUGACAUGUGGGAGAGCAUAAGUGCAAAGAUCAAAGAAAUUGGAUAUGUACCAGACACAAGCCAUGUUCUCUUGUUUUUGGAGGAUCAUGAGAGAGAAGCAAAAUUGCAGCAUCACAGCGAAAAGCUUGCCUUGGCAUUUGCUUGUCUUAACACACCACCUAAAUCCACCAUCCGAAUUAAAAAGAACAUUCGAGUUUGUGGUGAUUGUCAUUUAGCAUUUAAGUUCGCAUCAACGGUAAUUGAAAGAGAUAUUAUUGUGAGGGAUACUAAUCGUUUCCAUCAUUUUCGAAAUGGUUCUUGUUCUUGUGGGGAUUACUGGUAGUACUGAAGCUCGCUCAACAGUAUUGAAUUUUUUAGGGACUAUUUCAGAUUUUGAGAUUGCUAAGAAUCACGUGCUCACCAAUUUCAGGAUUGCUGCGGUCUGUGGGUAAAAUACCGUUCAUAGGGCUACCAUUUAAAGAUACUCCUUUGGUUUUGUACGAUUACAAUGUGAAAUCUUAAACAGAUGGAAGACCAUUUUCACUAAACACAUGAGAGAAAGUGCAGAUAGGGUUAAAAUUGUAAUCUUGGUAAAAUCUCUGCCAGGUGGAACUUGCAGUGUUGUAACCGAGCCAAUGAAUUCUCCAUUUCUCCUAAAGAACUUUUAGUACUCUGUAACACGGAUACUAGCUUUACGGUUUUUAUGAAGAAAAUAUGUCAAUUGGGUGCAAGAAUCUGCUAAAAAAUGACUGCUUGAUCUUUUUGAACACCUUCUCAAGAAGCUAUUGUUUUAUUGGAACUGUAACACGGAUACUAGCUUUACGGUUUUUAUGAAGAAAAUAUGUCAAUUGGGUGCAAGAAUCUGCUAAAAAAUGACUGCUUGAUCUUUUUGAACACCUUCUCAAGAAGCUAUUGUUUUAUUGGAACAAUACAGUUGUUCUUUGCAGAAAGCUGGAACUGUACGUGCCAGGUAUAUUGGAAUCUAUUUUCUUUAUAUUAUGUACCAGCAAUCAUCCUUGAAUAUCCUUGAUAUUCAUGUUGUUACUAAUUGUGCUUUAGGUAUUUCCAGCCUGGUUGUUCUCAUGUUCUGUAUGUUUGUUCAUUAAAUCAAGGGAUCACAUAAUUUUGUCAAUAGUUGCGGCUGUUAGGAAACACCUGAAGGCUUGCUCUUGUUUUUUUAACAACAGCUGCAUAAGUGCUUUCCUUAAGAUGAUUAUGGGAUAGAGGCACUCUGAAGUCUGAACUAGAGGACAAGGUCGAUCUUUCUCAGCACUCGUCAUUUUGGAACUUCUUAUGCUGUCAUGCAUUUCAUCUAUCUGAUUCCUUAUUAUCCUUCCAUUGUUGAUGGGGGAAGAGUGAAAAAAGAAUAAAGAAACUAUGCUGGUAUUGCCUUGUUGAAUUAUGCUAGACUCUUCUUUAUAUUUUCCGAUGAUUUUCAGGCUUCCUGCCCACAGCUUUGUUUCCCAAUGAAUAAUCUGUCUCAACUUAUGCUGUUCCAAAGUUGCUGAUCUUUUUUAUGAGCUGAUGAAAAGUUUGUUUCCCAGUACCUGUACAGCAAAGCUCAGAUCAUGCUCUACUUUGUUUUCGGAGAAUUUUGAGUUGUGAAGUUACUGGUUUAUGGUAUAGAAGAAUGUUGAGCCCAUUGCCUGACAUGUGAGGCAUGAUAAAAUAAUAUCCUAUGUAGAUGCCAAAUCUAUUGUCUAAAGGUUUUGCACUUAUUAUACUGUCUCUUGGACAGCUUAUUAUGAUGUAUGGAGUACUAAUUAUAUUUGUGGCAUGUUCAUAUAUAUCGUGUCUAUAGACUUGUCACUUGUGUACGAUAGGUCACAUGUUCAAAUCUUUUCUCCCGUAUUUGUAAUUUGUAAUAUUUGGACCAUAAAAUCUAUCAUGAUGAAGAUUACUAUAAUGCCUUGUUUAGAUGA